AUGGCUUGGCAACCUUGGAGCAAUAAUGGCCAUAGAAAUUCCCCUUCAAAUUCAUUAGCUGGAAGAGUUCCUGGACCCAUGCAUCUGCUCCCUUCCCAGGAGGAGCUUGCAGUUCGUUGUGAAGAAAUUCGUAGAAUUGCUGCUGAUAAUACUCUUGUGCUAGAGGAUAUUCUGGGCCUUAGGCAAGAAUUAGCCGUCAUUGAAGACGAGAUCCAUAUGCUUACCAAACAAACCAUUCCCAGACUUCGUCUUGAUAAUGAAAUGGAAUACAGGGUAUUAUCCAGGGAGGCAGAAGUGUUGUUCCUAAGUUCUGAAAAGAUGGAGUUGGAAGCUUUGCGCAAAGAGCUAUCUGUGAAGGUCCAGUCAUUGUACAGGGAGCUGGAGCAGAUCCGAUCCGAGAACAAGCAGAUACCUGCUAUAAGAGAAGGGUUGCAUGAUAUACAAGAGGAGAUUUUGAGGGCCAGGAUGGCGUAUGAGCAUGAGAAACGAGCAAAAAUCAAGCUUCUUGAGCAGAGUCAGGCCAUAGAGAGAGAUUUUAUUAACGAAAAAAUGAAAGCACAGAGGUUACGGUCAGAGCUGGAGAAGAGGAGGUCUGGUUUGUUCAAGCAUCAUGCAUUUGACUCAUACUGUAACAGAUAG